ACCCCGAAGUCUUUGCUCCUGACCCGGCAGACCUCUACGACGAACCCAAUGAUGGCUACGUCAAUAAAAUACUUCUUAUGAGCCGUUCGACACCAUUCAUACAUUCAGCACAGCAAACUAGUUCUUGUUCGAGCUACGAGACUUUAAGGACUUUUGCUAACAGCUACGAUUGGCCUUCCUGACAACCGACCGAGGAAUUAAAUUGUUCGGACUUCCAAUUCAAAACUUUCGACAGUGUAAACCCUGAAGAAAUUUUCAUUAUGAAUAGCGAAGACGAACCAUUAUCGUCAUUAAAUCAACGACUACGUCCUAGAAGGCGAACAUGCAGUCCCACAAUAAAAAAUGUUAGGAAAAGUGAAGGCAAAGCCACUUUGGAUAGACCUAAGAGGACAAACACUCCGUCUAAGGCUUUACCAAACAAAACAGAUGAUCUCGACAAGUCUGAUACUCUUUCUUCUCCGCAAUUUCUUUGUCCCUACUGCGAUAGAAAAUUUACGUCUAAACAAACUGUUUCCAAACAUGCACGGCGUAUGCACUUGUCGAGCUCAAAACAAGACUUUUUUAUUACCUGUCUUUUCUGUAGCCACACUGAGGCUGAAGCUAAUGACAUCGUUCGUCAUAUGGUCGAUAGUCAUCCAAAUCAAUACUUUACUUGUUUGGAUUGUCAAACGCGGUUUACAUCAGCCGCAGAACUCUCGGAACAUAAGUUGAAUGUUUGUGAAAAACAAAAGCCUUAUCGGAGCAAAUUACGUCGGAAGAAUUUGCCAGCCUUGAAGAAAUCUGAAAAAGAUACCAAUGUUGAUAGACAAAGUGAUUUUCAAAGUGAUAAAGAAGUAAUUGAAACUCACGGCUUUAAUGGAAUUGUAAUUUCGUGUGAACUUAAACCAUCUCAGCAUGAUGAAGCGGAUAUUGAAGACAACAUCACUACAAAUUUAAUUUUACCGCCCAGUAAAUCUAUAGGCAACAAUACAGUUAUUGAGAAAAAUGCAGUGAUUGUUUUAGACGAUAUACAAUGGAAUAAACGAAUACCCCCAAAUUUUUCUUUCCAUAAUACAGACGCGGAUCAAAUUCUUUCGAGAUUAGGUGUUGUGCACAGAUCACCAAGGACAGGCGAAUCGACUAGGAAGGACUGGAUUAAAACUAGUGACGAUAUUACCCAAAAAUUCGAAAAAUGUUUUGAGACCAACUUCUACUCCAAAGUCGCGAGUAACGUCGCCGAAAACUUAGCAAAAUAUCUUGAUGGUUCGUUUAAUUUUAAUCCAGAUUCGGAAAACACAAUUAAAACAAGAAAAUCUAAAAAUAGUGUUGUUAUCAAUACUGCGGAAGGUUUUCCGAUACUUUUAGCUUAUGAACAAUAUUCUCGUAACAUUUUUGAGAACUAUGUACCUAGAUCUAUUGCACCUAAACACAAAUGGAAGUGGGAUAGUCCGGAAAUAGACAAGGGCUUUCUUAAUGCAGAUCAAAUCAAGCGAGAUUCUCAUGCCAAUAAAUGCAUUAUUACUUUGGUUUCAAGUUUAGAUAUAUGGACCCAAUUAAGUAUGCGCAAGAAAUAUGACAAACAAUUCAAUAUUUCACACGUAGAGAAGAAGACUGAAAAACAAAACAUUAUUGAUAAAGAAUUAAAAGAGAUCCUAGAAAGCCGUGAACUACCUACGCCAUCUGCACAACUUACAAAAUACACAAACGUACCAAGGGCUCCAGUUAGAGAAGCCAUUGAAUUUCCUAGUUAUCUGGGUUUAACACCAACUACACCCACUUACAAUUUAGAACCUGCAGUUCUUAGUGGAGAAUGGGUAAGACCCAGAUGUUAUGUAUGUUGCGCAUGCGGUGCCCAAACUCGAGAUUCUAAAGCACUCUCAGCUCAUAUAUCAGUACAUCAUCCUAAUGCACAAGUACAGCAUUAUGAAAUAGUCGGGGAACCAUUACUAAAUGCUGACAUUUUAAAGCAUUUGUACGUACCGCCAAGCCAGGUGUCCAAUAGAACCCGCCCUUUGAGAGGUUUUAGAGACUGCACUAAAUGUAAAAAAUCAAUAACAUUAAAAGAAUUACACCAGCAUAUGCUGGAUUGUGCUGGUGACACGCCAGCAGUGCGCAGAAAAUGCCGUUAUCGGCCCUUUGGUGUACGCAGAAGACGACCACGUCUACCAGAUAAUGUUAUUAGGAGGAAAAUACGAAAGGAUUUAAGAAACCGCCACAAACAAAAGAACCACUUGAGACCCCGGCAGAAAAUACGGAGCGAAGUUGGUGAUGCCGAGACAAUCCGGAAAAUGAUUGCAGACCUGCCCGCAAAACGUCAUCGUGUAAUGAUUAAUCCCCUUAAUCCUUCGUUACGACCUCGUCGAAAACUAGACAAACAAAGAAAUAAACUUUUAAUCAAACAUCGUUCAUCAGAAGAUUCGAUUACUCGGAAACUUAGAUCUCUAAAAGAACUUAACAGUUCUUCAAGUUCUUUGAACACGUCUACGAACAAAGAAGAAGUUAUCAAAAAUGUUCAUAAGAAAGAUAAUGAGGAUGACAAACCCUCUAAAUCUAAUGAAGAUGACAAGUUUCUUAGACCAAUCAGACGACCUACUGAUAAAAAUACGCGCCAUUCUGAAACUCUUAAAAGAAAAGCUGUGCUUAAUCGUGCCAAACGAAAAAUUCAAAUGAAGAGUAUGAGUUCGGGAAAGCAACCAGUGAACUCAAGUAAAAAGUGUAUGAACUCUAGCAAGCAAUCCUUAAGUUCAGGGAAACAGGCUACGGCCUUCAAUAAUCAGUCGACGGGCUCUGGUAAUACGACUACAAGGUCUGGUAAUCAAUCUACCAACUCAAGUAAACAGUCUGCGGGCUCGAGUAAUGCACCAACGAGCUCAGGUAGCCAGUCCAAUACUUCUGAAAAUCAAAAUCAACAAACUGAUGGUGACUCAAAUGGUGAUGGAAAUGAUUCGUCAAGUGACGACUUUCUCAAAAAUAAUACACCUAAAAAAUUUGAUUUGAAUAAUAGCCAGUUUAGUUCCAGACAGAAUUCUGGGCGUGGUGGUAAUUACAACCGGGGAAAUAAUAAUAACCGGGGUAAUCAUAAUAGAGAAAAUCAUAAUCGAUCUAACAAUCAUCGGGGAAACAACAACCGAGGAAACUAUGAACGAGGAAAUAAUAGUCGAGAAAACUAUAAUCGUGGUAAUGAUAACCAAGGAAAUGAUAAUCAAAGAAAUCAUCAUCGCGGAAGUAGUCGCGGUGGCAAAGAAAAGAACUCUGAAGAAGACGAUGGAGACCCCUCAACAGAUAAUGAUCCGAACGAUCUAAAUUAUUCAAUCGCAUCUUUAACAGCAGAUGGUGAAAGAGGGGGGACGUCCCUUCAAACCUACCAAGGACUUUUUCGUCCUGACGAUGAUAAUGACGAGGUCCAAGACUUGUCUAUGAGUCAAGUCGAUGAACCUGAAACAUAUGAAAAGGCUGCCUUCUCGUGUGGCAAAUUAGCCCUGGAGAAAUCCAGGGGUAAUAAAACACGAAAAGGCCUUAAUGCCUGUAUCGCGAUGUUAAAGAACAAACUUGAAGACCCUAAUAUAAAUGUUGACUCUAUUGAUAAUGACGAACCAGUUGCCGGACCAUCCGGUUAUUCUGUAACCAACCGGCUAACUCAUUUACCGGACAUAGACACACGUACGCAACCAGUUGCUCAAAUAGCAACUAGACGUGAGCUUCCAAAUGUGCAUCCAUUAAUUCUGCCACUUGCUCAAAACCAUCAUACAACAGAAUUUUUGUCAAAUAGUUUACAUGCACAAUCAAUAUCUCAUCUACCUACACGUACGUCGACUCAACCAACACUACAUUCAGCUGAUUAUCUAGCUCUAAAUUCAGCUGAAGCUAUUGCAGCAACGCACGCUGCACUUGCCACCACACAUACGGCCUCACAUGCGGCGGUAUCACAUUCUGCCGCGCAUUUAGUAGCUCCUCCAACUGCGCUUGCUAUGCCUCAUCCUGUGGUUCAUCCAUCGGCUUAUCCUGCAGUGCAACUAGCUACUCAUGCAGCAGUGCAUCAUGCGAACCAGCUGGGUGUGCCGUUUAGAAGUGAUAACUUUAUUGAUCCAAACCCUCGAUUCUUUUUGCAACCCACAUUUGAUCGCAAAAUUGACCCGAAUCCGGCGGAAGUGUUCUCUCGCUCUGUGAUUCCACUAGACAGAAUGGAUUUCCAUUACCAAAGUAAUCUACCGCAGCACAUAUCUAUUGAACAAGUAGCACAUGGUUUAGCUUUGUGUAAGGAAACGCUUGCGGCUUCCGCCAAAGAUAGCAGAGGUAGUUACAGAGGAAGACAAAAGAAAUCUUCAGUUGGCAGCGGACAACCUAAGAAAACACCUGUAAAAAGAAAAUCAACACGUUUGAGAUCAAAUGCUCCACCUAAUAUGCAACAGAAUUUGUUUGGUUUGCCCUCGCAGAUUGAAGUCAUCCCUCAAACCUCUAUCGGAGUACCACACCAAAAUCCUCCUCAUUUACCACUACAAUUUUCUGAUGAGUAUUCGAAUAAAAGCCCAGAAAGUGAUAAGCAAAAGAAACGGAAGCCAAGUAACAACCAAAAUGAACCACAUCUAACAAAACCAACAAAUUACUUUAAAGAUUCAAAAUCUCCUCAUAGAGCUGAAUAUCAUCAUACUUAUGACAUGUCUGGCGGUCGCCUUAUUGAGAACAAGUCUUACCAACACGCCGUAGUUAAUGAACAAAAUUCAAUAACUGAACAACGCACGUUAUCGGAGCAUAGAGCAGCGGCUGACAUGAGAUUACACGAGGAACAGAGGACAGAUCAGCGAUCAUUUCAAGAUCAGAGAACUUUAUCUGAUUAUAGAUCGCACAAUGAACAUAGAUCGCAACCAACAGAUCGUAUAUCGUUACCAGAUCCAAUUACAUUAGCAGAGCAGCUAUCGUUGUUUGAACAAAGACCUUUCCGGGAUCCGAGAUCAUAUGUGGAACAGACGUUACCAGAACGGAGGACAUUUUCUGGAAAUUUUACUGAACAUAGGCCGUAUUCAGAUUUGAGGUCACAUGUUGACCACAAUAUUUACCAAGAUCAUUCGUCUCAUUCUGAUCCAAGGACAUAUUCUGAACAAUUAGCUUUCUCGGAACAAAUGUCACAAUAUAACAAUUUGAGAUCACUAGCCGAUCCGAGACAGCAUGUAGACCCUAGGCCGCUUUCAGAACAGAUGACGUAUGCGGAUCAAAGAUAUCCAGAUCAAAGGUUAUAUCCUGGGCAGAGAACAUACCCUGACCCAAUUUUAUGUCCAGAUCUUAGAACCUUUUCAGAACACAGGCCUCCACCUGAUCAAAGACUUUACUCGGAACAACUGACGUAUGCUGAUCGCAGAUUGUUAACAGAACAAAAUAUAGACCAGCACCCAACAAAUGAACAAAUGUUGCCUCCAGAGCAAAGACCAGGUAAGAGAAGAUCUUCAAAAGAAAAGAAAAAUGUUUCUGAUCGGAGAGUAUCAAGUGAACUUUGGCCUGCUUAUGAACUCAGAUCGUCAAAUGACAAUUUAUCAAUGCAAGAACAUAUCACAAGUGAUUUAAGGUUAUUGAAUGACCAAUCUGUGUCUAGAGCACAGGCGAUAGAUCGCCGUAUAUCUGCAGAACAUCUACUCUCUGUUGAACGCCGUGUCUCCGAUGAUAGACUUUCUACAGAACGUGCCCUUUCCACUGAGCGAAGAGUUUCAUUUGACCGUGGACCUUCUUGUGAAAGGAGACCUUCGUUUGAAAGAGGAUCACCUCCGGAACAAAGACUCUUAUUUGAACGUAGACCUUCUUUUGAGCGAAGAUCUUCAUUCGAGCGCAGACCAUCAUUUGAACGCGGCCCGUCAUUUGAACGCGGCCCAUCAUUUGAACGCGGACCCUCAUUUGAGCGCGGGCCAUCAUUUGAGCGCGGGCCAUCAUUUGAGCGCAGGCCAUCAUUUGAGCGCGGGCCAUCAUUUGAGCGCGGGCCGUCAUUUGAGCGCGGCCCGUCAUUUGAGCGCGGCCCGUCAUUUGAGCGCGGCCCUUCAUUUGAACGCGGGCCGUCAUUUGAGCGCGGCCCUUCAUUUGAACGCGGACCGUCAUUUGAGCGCGGCCCGUCAUAUGAGCGCGGCCCUUCAUUUGAACGUGGCCCUUCCUUUGAACGUGGAUCUUCGUUUGAACGAAUGCCGCCUCGUGAACAAAGACCAUCUUUUGAACAAACGCCUUCUCAUGAGCAACACCAUUCAACUGAACGUAGAAUUUCUAACGACCGAAGGCUAUCUAAUGAAAAGUACACAAAUGAAACUAUUUUCUCGACAGAAAUGACAAGGUCGAGUGGGCAUAGGAGCUCUAGUAGUGAAAUAUUUACUAAAGAAAAUGCAUCUUCAAGCGAACAAAAUCAUAAUCAAUGGUCAUCUAGGAAUCGUGAUGUAAUAUCGGAACAAAUUGUAGAAAAUGAACAUACGAAUCACUUAGUAGAGCGAUCGAUCCACGAUCAAAGAUUAAACGAAAGAAGAAUUUCUGAACAUAGAUCAUCAAUGGAACAAAAACUAAUCACAGAACAGGAACAAAUGGUUCGAAAUACCUCGUUACGUGAGUACAGCGAAACCAGUUCACGUCCUGAAGCCUAUCAAGAAGCGCACUAUUCCAACAAUGAUGUACAUUCUGAUAGUGAUAAAUCUCAAAAAGUUCCAGAAGAAACAAACACUCCACCUGCCCAGCCUUUGGAUCUAUCUGGAAAAGCAGUACCAACAGAACGAUCUUCAGCUUUGGGAAAUACGUUUAAAACAGACUCUUUAAAGUUACCAAAAAAGAUAUCAGAUGUCCCGAUUGAUGAAGAUGUCAUAGUAGACUUGCGCGUUAACGCUUCUGACCAAUCAGAAUCCGAAACCGAAACACCUGCAGAAGAUGCUGCUACUGAUUUGAGUGUUCCCAAGGAUUUAUCGCUUAAAGGAAUGUCCAAGCAAAUAUCAAAUGACAAAAAGAAAAAAUUUGUUUAUGGCAUUCAAAGUUUGUCAAACAGAGAUGCUAUAACCAGGAAAUCUACAGAUACUGUAAAAGCCAUUGAAGCUGUUACAGAUUUUCCUACAGACUUGUCAACUAAAAAUUCAACUUCUGAAAUUCUCGAAGUGCCAGAAAUUAAAGAUUCUUCACAUUCGGUAGAUUCAACAGCCGAAGAUGAAAGUAUUGUUGAUGUAAUAAGCACUGAAGACACUAAAUCUCCGUACAGCAGCUUGAUUGACAUAAAAACGAAUUUAACGCUUGCCGCAGAGAAGAGUUAUAAUGAACAAUGUACAGUGACUACUAUUGAAAAUGGGAUUUCGCAAAUAGCCAAUCAAGUAGAUAUGAGUGACUCUAGACGUAUUAUAGUUUCAACUCAUUCGGAAUCCCAACCUGUUCACUCUUUGAGUAGUACGCACCUUGGUAGAGAAGUAAUACCAUCGACUCAAGAAGGCUCCACGGACAAUGCUGUGCAUGAUUCUGUUACAACAAUAUCCGUUUAUACGGUUCCGAAUCCAGUUAUGACAACAUCGGUGAAAAAACAUGACAGUUCAACUACGAUGAAUGAUACUCUUAAUGCUGUUGAUUUUACUGAAGGAAAUACCAUACCACCUUACUCUUCAGCUAAUUCUAAUAGUGAAUUCCCCGUGCAUUAUGGGGCUAUGACAGUUGAUAGUUUAAUAACAGGAUCAGUAGCUACAAGCAGCCUCUCACAAUCAUCGGCUCCAACAGAAACUACAUUCGAAUCUAGAAUUGAUAAAAAUAGUAGCAUUGAUAAAAAUAGUAGCAUUGAUAAAAAUAGUAACAUUGAUUCAAAUCAGAAAUUUGAUACUAGUAAAGUGGUUAUCGAAUCUCAAGAUCCCGAAAUGGCUAAGAAAAUAGCAAUGUUGCCUAAAGAAUUGGUAGACAUUUUAGGAACUAUGCCUGCUGAUCACAGGGACCAGCUCUUAAACGUACUUCCACAAUAUGUUUCUCCUUCGACGGUAACAAUAAGACAUAAUUGCGGAAAUAUUGCUUCAAAUGUUGUGCAAACCAAUGUUCAACAAUCUUCGUCCAACCCAGGACCUGAUGAAAUGGCUGAAGAUAUGAAUACAUUUAUUCCGGACUACCAUUUGCCGACAAGCAUGCAUCAUUGUGCCUCUCAAUUCAUGAGAGCGCUUAACAUCGAAAAAAGUCAUUCAAUGACUUAUCUACAACCACCUCCACCACCGCCACUGCCGCCACCACCGCCGCCGCCACCGCCGCUGCCCAUACCGCAGCCACCACCUCCCCCACCGGCGGCACAACAGCCAUUUCAAAUACUGUCUCCCCCACUACCUCCACUGCCACCACCGUCAAUUGAAAUUAAAUCGCCGUCUUCACCGCCGUCUAUGUGUGUUGGAUUGCAACCGGUACAAGUUGCGUCAACAGCUGAAUUCGUACAGGAAAGAUUUAUUCCACCUUUACCACCGAAUCCACCACCGCCGUUGUUCCCACCUUUACCAGCAGUCGUUAAGUCGGAUGUUGAAGAUCCAGAAGAAGAUAUGAAACCUCCUAUUGGGACGCUAAACGUUAAACAAGAGGAAAAUGUUGACGAUAAUAGUGAUAACACGCUGUCACUUAGAUCGGUAGUUCAAACAGAAAACGUUUCUGUCGAAAAUGCGGAGAAGAGAAAUAAAAUAGGAGAUUUGAACGAAGACACAAACUCACCCUUAAAUGAAGAGAGGCGGAAAUUGACAGCAAACUUACCUAAACCAGCGAUAAUAACAACACAAGUAAUAACAAACUAUGUUACUGUAAUGACAACAGCAAAACCUAAAACCGUCAGUGAUAAAACAGCUAGCUUAAGAGCUGUGCGUAUUAAAACUCCAUCAGAAAGGAAAAAAUCAUCUAGCAGCGGAAGUCAAGCUUCUUUACUGGUUAAAUCAACAAAUAUACAAGAAAUAGUUACAAUUAGAGAGCCACCCCAAGAAAUAGCUACAGUUAGAGACUCACCCCAAGAAAUGGAACAGCAACCAGUGGGAAAUAAAUAUAUUAAAUCAAGAUUAGUUAAUGUUGCUCAAGUUGAAGAUGAGAGACAUAAUAUACUUUUGGAAUGUAAUGCAUCGCCAACUGUUCAACAUGGCGAACAAUGUAGCACUCGACAGAGGAAGGCAUGUAGAUCAGCUGCCCCCAAACAUUCCUCAGCCGAGUUACCUGUAGAAAUAAAACCGGUAACGGAAAAUUCUACUAAUAAUGAAUUAGGGAAACAACAUACCCAUACCACUACGAGUACAAGAAAGAACGUAUCUUCACUUCCACAACAAGAUGACGAUGUUCGCCCACAAUCUUAUUCUUCGGAAAAAACAUUUAACCUACAAUUGCCAGAUGAAGCUCAGUUACCAUCAAAUAAUCUAGAUAAAACCAGUCCUGCUGAAGAUGAGCACACAUCGGUUGAUAAGCCAGUAACUGAUGUUGGUCAUAAUGCAACAAUAGUUAAAAGUGCCACCAUUGUUGAUGAUGAAGAUUCAGACGAUGAUGUUUCUCUUGCAGUAAUUGUUAAAAAUCGCGAUCAAAUGAAACAUACAUUGCAAAAAUUAGAAAACGAACGUUCAAUCACAAAUGAAAAUAAGGAUGUGGAUAAAUUAAAAGGAAGCACAAAUGAUCUUUGCUACUACACAACAAACAGCUCAAGCACAGAUGUAAUUGCUACAAAGCAUCACAAAUCACACAGUGCGGACAGUGUGAAGGAAAUACUAAACAGUAAUGCGCCUAAUUCUGCUGAACGAAAUGAAACAAUUGAAAUAGACCAACAGCGUACAGAAGCGAGUGUUCCACCAAAUUUCGGAAAUGUACAGUUUACCGAACAAAGCCACAACAGUUUUGAAAAUACAAAACGUGAAGCAAAGGAAUCUCAACUUUUAGAAAAUUCUCCAAUUAUUCGUGGUAAAUCUGUGAAUGAAGCGAAGACCGAUACUCAUUUAAAAAUAAAUGAGGCAAAUAAAAGUGCUAUACACGAAAGUAAAGCACUUAAACACUUGGAAACUAAUGAUAUCGUCAAAUCAAAUUCAAACGACACUCGUGUUGGAAAAAGCAAACAAAAGAAAAAACACAAACGUAAAUCGUCGAUCAUCCCUGUAAAAGACGACAUAAAUAACCAGACUGCUAUCAUAAAAGAUGACAACUCUUCGAACAUGUUAAAUAAUAAUGCAGAUGUCCCAGAUUUAGAUAAAGUACAUGAUUCUCAAGAUUCAAGCAAAAAGGUUUUAAAUAGCAAUAACGAGACUGCUGCUAUUGUGAAUUUGACAUCUAACCUGGAUAAAAUAUGUGGCAACAAUAAAGAAGACAUUUCUGUAAAAACUAAUAAGGAAGUUGAAAUUGAUGAACUUAAUGAUAUGCAAUCGCAUUCUGAAUUAGAUGAAAAUAAUUCAAAAGCUCUUAGACGCAGCAAACGUGGAAAAUCUGUAGUUGUUGAAGGCAUGGUAAUUGGAUCGGAGAAUUCGGAUGAAACAGAAUCUGUCAUGGAACAAAAGACACCACUUACAAAGAAACAACUUAUUUUUUCUAAAUUGUUACUAGAUGAAGAAAUUCAAACCGAGCCAAAAGCACACUCGACGCCGGAAAAAGAUGUAAAUAGUAUUGAGAAAGAUAACAAUAUCCAAACAAAUAAUAUUUCAUUAAUUUUGGAAACAAACCCCCCUAUAGGUGACAAUUUAGAUAACACUAAAGCAAGUGGUUUAGAAAAAUGCAAAGAAACAAAAAGUAAGAAAACAAAGAAAUUAAAAAAGCUUUGUAAGAAAAAUCGAUCGCUCAAAAUUUCUGGAAAACGUAAGAAAAGGCAUUCCCAAAAGCUCAAGAAAAUGUCUAAACUAAGAAUACGCCCGGAAACUCCUAUUAUACACUACGAAUAUCCGCGAAACACGCAUCUUACAGCAGAAGAACAGUUUGCUGAAACUGAGAAUCAAAUUUUACUUAUUCAACAAGCUCGCGAUGAAUAUGAAAAAGCUAAUGCUUGCGCUGUUUUCUCGGGACCCACCACAAGCAAGGACUCAUUAAAUACUUCUGGAGAAAAAAGAAAAUUAGAUGGAAAGGCUAGUGAAGAUUUCAAACAAAAUUCAAAAAUGAAAAAACUUAAAUUUGUUGAAAGUAAUGCACAAGAUAAUGCAAAUAAUACAUCGAUACAGUCAAGAAAACGCACUACAUGCUACAUGCAAGCUGCUGCAAGAAGGACUCGAUCUAAAUCUGUCGUUGUGAAAUCUUCUACUGAAUUUUACGACCCCUACGAUAUUGACCUAGAUGAUAUGAUUGAACAACCGGAAUUGUUUAAAAGUGAAACAAGUGAAAAAGAAAGUUCAGAAAAUCAGAAAAAUAUUAAAAGAUAUAAAGGGAAACAAUUAGUAUCUAGUAAAAGUCAAAACUGUUUUAAAAGAUCGAAACCUCAAAAUGAUAAUAAUGAAAAUCAAUCAACUUCCGCACCUAAAGAUGAAGUAGUUGAUUCAGACGACUCGUCAAAAAGCGAUAUUCCACUAAAUAAAUACAUAGAAGAAAAAGAAAAGAAAGCACAACAGUCUGGCAACAUGUGCUCCAGACGAAAUUCCAAUUUAGGAAAAAGUGGAAAACGGAGUGCAACUUGCACUAGACUCGAUGACGAUCGCAAGAGGUCUAGGCGAACUUAUUCUUCUUCCCAUGAUUUAGAAAAAUCAGGUACAUCAAAUGACGUCGACGAACUUCGAUCUGAACAGUUCAUGGAAAGUUUUGGUUUCUUUUCACAAAGAAAACCGCGCAAAUCUAAUUUAUUGGCGUCUAAGAAAAUAUCCGAAACUUUUCAUAUCAUUGGUAAUGAAAGUGAUGAUUCAUGUCUUAGUCCUAAGAAAAGACCUAGCAGACGAACGAAUGAAAAUAAAAGAUUCAGAGAUACCAGGGCAAAGAAACCUGUUACAAUUAGAAGAACGAUAAAGAAAGUACCGAAAGUGAGAAGAUCUUUAUUCUUACCGCCCAUACCAUGCUUCUGUCGUCUAUGUAAAAAAGAAUUCAGGCGAUCGGAUAACUUCUUGCGACAUCAAAUGAAUGUCCUUCAUGUGGCUAAGUUGGCUGAAAUUGAAUUAAACAUGAGAACCAAUGCUAUAUAUGAAAAGCCAAAUUAUCUUAUUGCAUAUAAACGUCAAUUAGAUCGACUGAAGUUAAGGACAAAAAAAUAUGCUAAUAGGAAAAAUCAUCCAAAAUUAAUAAUGCCUACAUUAGACAAGAUUUUAGUAAAAGUAAAUAAGAUAAUCAAAGAACAAAAAUUAGCUCAAAGAGGACUUAGUAUGGACGAAGCACUUUUUAUUGAUUGUUGUCAAUUACUUCAGUCUAAUAAAUCCGAAAUCAAACCUACGGCGCCACCGCCAGUUUCAGAACCAGUGGCCAAUAAUUUGUCUGAACCGAUUGUCAAAGGGUUUGAUCUCUUAGAAAAACCGCUUAAAGGUGACGGUGAUGUGGAUUCAAUUACAGCUAAAAACAUAUUAGACAGCGACGAAGUGAAAAACUUGGAGAAAGACUUAAUUUCUGGUCUUAAAGAAGCUGCAAAUGCCAAUUCUAAGAAAUCGAAAGUUAUGUUACAACGAAGUGUUAGUGAUGUGGGAUUAGAUCAGGGUGAUAAUGGCCAGAUAAGUUACUGUAGCGCUGAAGUCGCUGGACCUAGUCGUGCGCAACUUAUUCUAAAUAAUGCUAUGACCUGUCCUGAAUCCAACCCUAAUAAUGAAACUAAACAUGAUAAUGAAAGUUCUACUCUCAUGGUUAAUGUUAAAGAUCUAAAAGUUCAGCCUAAUAUUGAAAAUCUUCCUACUAAUCAGAAUGAUGAAAAAUUCGGCUCUGAAUUCAAUUUUAAUGAUAACAAAACUUGUCUUGAUUCUAAACGUAUUGAUUCUAAAACUGAAACAUCUGGACUUCAUGAUGAAAAACGUAAUUCCGAAGCAAAUCCCAAUGUUGAAGAGAUUUAUUCAGAACCUGUUCCUAAUGAUGAAAUAUCUUGUCCGGAAGUUAAUAAAGAAAAAAAUCCUGAAGCUAAAAUUAAUGAAGAGCAACUUAGGCCUGAAGCUAAUAUGAAUCUUGAAAAUACUUGUCCAGAACCUAAAGUUAAUACUGAAAAAUCUUGUUCAGAACCCGUUCCCACUAAAACGAAAAAGCAUCCUGAAGUUAAAGAAAAAAUGUAUCCCGAUAUCAUUGAUCCUAUUGACAUGUUUGAAGACAAGUUUGACAAGAUAAAAAGAAAAUGUAGAUCUCAGGCGGCGGCAGCAAAGCAAACACAAGCUGCUGCUAUUGAAACCAAUAACAGUUUCAAGUCCCGAAAGAAGUCUGAAAAGAAGAAAACACGCAGAAAUUCUAAAAAAGGUCACCAGGGCUCUCAAGUUCUAACAAAAGGUGCUCUAAAAGGUUUCGAUGGAAUUAAAGUUUCUAUACCAACUUCAGACAUCAAUAUCUCUGGAAUUGUUCCUACUCUUACGCCAUCACCAAAGAAGAAAAAGAAAGGUAGUUCAAAGAACAGAAAAGAAAAGACGUCAGAUGCGAAAAUGGAAAGAUACGGAGAUGGUUCUACUUCACAGAAGGAAGUUGACGUUUAUGAAUUUUUGGAUAAUGAAGAUGCAGUUUUUGAGUUCAGACCCUCAACUUUAAUGGAAAGAUUUAAAAAUAUAACCUACAAUAACGAUGGUCCUAGUACAUCCAAAUUGAACUCAGGAGUAGAUGCCGAUAAUUCUGGUGAUAGCGCUUCAGAUGGAGACGAUUUCGUAUACAUGUCUGAUGAUUACGUGUGUAGUGACGAUGAAACUGAAAAUAGUUUGAUGUCUUGUGAGAUGAACAGUGGCAAAGUGGGCAGUGAUACAAAGAAAAUUUCAUCUCCGUUAAAAAGAAAGGAUGCCUUAGAGAAAAAUGCAGUCAUGGGGAAGAUAUUCAAACAUAACGCAGUGCGGAGUGACAAAAAGAAAAUUAAGGAGUCUGUAAAACCCAAGGCUAAUUUAGAUCAAUUAUUUGACAGUUUACUUGAGGAUAAACCAAAAACUUCAGACCUGUGUGAUGAAACACCAACUACCAAAGAUGAAGAUUUUCUAACACCAAAACAGCAUGAUCUAUCUUAUAAAAAUGAUAAACACAACCGAGGUUCUUCAAACAGAGAUGAAUUUUCUUUAACUAGGAAACUAAAGAGUCCAUCACCCAAACAUCAAACUAUAUUAUCUCCGAAAGAAUAUGACAGAACUCCCCUGAUAGAUUAUGGCCCUUCAACAUCAAAAACAAUUCCGACGGACUUUGGAUCUGCUACAUCUAAGAAAAGAGAUGUGCCGAAGGACAAUAAAGGUCAUUCACCCAAAAAACAUGAAUCGAAACAUGGAUCUAGUAGAUAUAGCGAAUCUCUAACUUCAAAAACUGAUUUAAUUACUGGAAAGCAACAUGAUACAUUAAAAGAUAGGUCAUUUAAAGAAAAAUCUCCGAUUAACAAAUUAAAUGAACGUAUUAGCCCAAGUUAUGAUUAUAAUGCUGAUGUUUUCGAGCAAAUCCAAUAUGAUGACAUGGGAGUGGCUAGACAAAGGGCGCGUCGUAAAUGUACUGUGGGCAAACAAAAUGUGCUGGCUGAAAGUUGGAGUUCAGAAUCCGAGCCAGAUGUUCUACCGCCACGUCCCAACAGCGCCGAGUCGGUUAUUCUGACUUCACGUAAAAAGAAAGGGAAGAAAAAAGAUCAUCAUUCCAAUGCAAAACGUACGAAUAGUCGACAUAUAUCAUUUAAAAAGCGAGAUGUCGAAAACAAGGUAAACAACACUAACCGUCACGGAAGUUAUUCAGGAACUAGUCGAGCAUACAAUGAAAGUGACGAUGUAGAUAGGACCACGGUGAAUCCUUACGAUGCGCCGACGCCAUCAACAUCAACAGCGCAUACGCAUCUCGGACCACCGACCGACCGACCGAGACCGCGUCCCCGCACCACGGCCUACUACAACUGGUCCUCGGACGGGGAAGACGAACAGGAACAUCAACAGCAGCAUGGCUGGAUUGUUGGAGAUAGCCAUAAAAAGUUAGUUACAAUGCUCGCACAUGCGAAAGGACGGAAGCGCAACAACGACGAUAAACGUCAUUUCGUUGAGUAAGGUUAGUUUAUUAGAUUAUAUUAAUCUUGUACAUAUUAUUGUAAAUAAACUUCUUUUUACCGAUUGUCGAUUUUACGGCAUAUGACCAGAAAAAGGUAAAAAGAAGAUCGUGUAAAUAUUGUAUAUCUCUAUGAAAUAUUUUAGUUAAAUUUUGAAUGAACUGGUACUUUCAGAUUUAUAUAUUCACAUUCAAGUCCAUAAGUAGCCAAAUCUGGGAACAUUUAAUUGUAUCAUUAUUCAAUUAAUUUGAACUGUAUGGGUACCGUCGACGGGCAUUUUUAGUGCAUAUGCGCCUAAUCUAGGUCUCUUGGAGAUCUUCGGACAUCCUUGGAUCUUUGUUUUUUUAUAUUGUGUUGAUUUAAAGUACAUAGACAGUACCAAUAUUUACUUUCGAUAUUAAUUUCGCAUUUGUUCACUAAGAUUAUAAAUAGCCACUAAACUAAAUAUUUUCGUUAUUUUCUUUUUCAAUUUAAAAUAUUAUGUAAUAUUCACAUUUAACCUUCGGAGUCUUACUUCGGAGCAUUGCUAUUAAUUACCAAUUAAUUAUUUAUACCGUUGGCAUAAUCAGAAAAUAAUUAUUGAUACUAAAUAAAACUAGAAAAAUAUAACAGUAUCAAGUGACUAAAAAUGCCGCGUUUUGUCAAAUAUACUGUAAGAAAGUCAAUAUAAAUUUAUGCAGAGAAGUUUUGAAGCAUAAUAAUGAUUUAAUGUUCCUUUCAUCAAUUAUUAGUAAUUUUAAUAGAUGUAUUUUAUUUUGGAAAUUAUUAUAUAAUUGAUAAUGGAUGGUCUAAUCGACUGAAUGUCUUUGUUAUGUAAAAGAGUUUAUGUUAGUAGUCUCCAUAGAGGCUGGUAAAGCGGUCUGAGUGAUUUGUGUAUCUUUGAGUUGAGUAAAUUAAUUUGUUAACUAUUUUUAUACAUUAGAUAUUUUGAGUAGUCGAAUGUUUUACACAAUUGUGAAAUCUCAUGCAUUAGUUAUUGUUGUAUCUAGUCCAAUAAGGAAAGACUAAAUGCCGCGUUAUCAGCCUCACUACUAUGUGAUUUAUUUUCCAAUGUACGAGAAGACUUAUAAUUUUGAUUAUCUAAGUAUUCGUAACAUGAAUUGAUUGACAUUGGCUUGUAUUUCGUUUAGUAAUUGAAUAAAUGAUUAUA